AUGACGUGUCAGAUGACCUGGGUUCCUGUAAUUGUAAGCCUGGAGAAUUCACUUAAGUUUCUUUAUCUGCAAAAUGGGGAUAAAAUCAUUGUCACAGAGUUGGUGUGAAAAUGAAGCAUUACAUGGCCACGUAAGUGAUCUGUUAACUGUAAAAGUCAAUGUUCACCUAGGGUGGCAGUUCUUAGUAAGCUGUGGCUGGUGGGUGGGAGCAAGCUGAGGAAGCCUGUGGCCUGGACAUGGGCAGGACCAUGAAGGAGAGAUUAGUGAGCAAAACUGCCUGGAUGGAUAGGAAAAAAAUGUAGAUCUGUAAAAAGAAGGGGAAAAUGCAGGAGUACUAGUACGUUAGAAAACAUUGGCAAUACCUCAGAGGCUAUAUGAACUAUCUGGAGAAGUUUAUUUCCUGGCUGUAAUUCCCAGCAAAGGAGGGGAUUGAAUACUGCAGAAGACCAUUUAUUUCUCCAGCUAGGCUCAUCAGCUCAAGCAGUAACAUAUGUGAAAGAAGCGCCUUCUCUCUGUACACAAAAGACAGGGUCUAUAUUUUUUAUAAAAGCCACUAAUGCACUUUGUUAUACAGCAGAAACUAACACAUCACUGUAAAGCAAUUAUAUUCCAAUAACGAUGUUAAUAAAAAAGCCACUAAUGCAAUGUGCGUCCCUGGAAUGUUAGUUGAUGUGGGUCUAAAGGACAAUGUGAGACAUUUCUAGUAACUUUCCACGAUAUGAACAAGGAACUUGAAAAUGUCAAAUACAUUUACAAGUAAAAAAAAAAUUAGUUUUUUUGGAUUCUAAACUCUUUGGAAUCAGACAGUCUUAUUAGAAUCUGUGGUCCCUUAAGCCAUGUAUGUCUAUCCCCUAUCUCCUUUUUGACCUUAUUUCUGGGAAUAUUACACUGUCUGACCUGUUAUUAAUAUUAUAUUAUUCUGUGCCAGAAGAGGUAAGGAAGCUGCAUUUCUAGAAUAGCAUUUGAGUCAUCUGUGAAAUUGCAUAUUACAAUUUCCCACCAUUUCUAACAGUUCUUUAACAUUUUCUUUCUCAACUGGGUAUUCAAAUUCACGUCAGUGACCUCUAGGGGCUAGUUGCUUUUCUAGCUCAAGAGAGAAUUUCUUAAAUCAGAGUUGGGGCUGAGGACAGGAACGUAUAUUCUUCACACCGUUCGGUUUCAGUGGGUAGAAAAUUAGAAACUCGAGGUAUGUGAGAGAUCUGUGUGGAAUUUAAGUACCUUCAAGGAGCAGUAGAAGGACAAAAAGUUAUUUUACCUGUAUGUUUGCAAAUGUCAAAGACCAAGACUGAAAAAAAUAAGGAUGACUUAUAAGGAGUUGGCUGCACUUGCUGGCUGCCCAGGUGGUUCAUUUCAACUGAGGGUCAGAAUAACCUUGUCCUGUGGUCUGUGUGCCCCGGUAUCAGGUUAGGUCUACCUUGCUGCUUAUGUCCUUGGUCACCUUACUAGAGGCUCCAGUCAAACACAUGUCAGUAAAGAAUAAAGUUAUGUAAAUAUGCACACAGGUGGUCAGACCUAGACAAGAACUUGGCAAAAAUUCAUUCAGCAAUAACCAGGCUCUACAGGACAAAUAUGCCUCAGUUUACAUAACAAAUAAGAAAAACAUCACAGGAUAACAGCAGAGAAAGCAAAGGAUUAGCAGGUAGACAGAUAACACUGGGUUGGAACUUUCACUCUGCCACAUGCACAUGGGUGAUAUCACCAAAAAAGGCAUCUCUCUGUGCCUCAUUUUCCCAAUCUAUAAAGCAGAGAUGGCCACAGGGUUGUUAUGAGGAUUAAAUGAAUAAAAUGAACCCAUCUGUGCAGGCCUGCCUAUUGUGGUACUGGGGCCAGAAAGAUUGCAUAAAUAUUAGGUUCAUUUUUAUUUCUAUAAAAGACAUGAUCCUGAAGAGCUCUACCCAAAUUCAACUUUCAAAUAUCAAAUUCUAUUUUACGAACCCUGAUUCAUGAGCAGCUGAGAUAACCUCUAAUACAUUGCAUUAGUAAUACCACCUUCCCAAUUCAUCAACAUCAAAUAAAUGUGCUAUUGCAGGUGCAAUGAAUCUUUCCCUUCUCUUUUAUUAUUCCAUAACCUUAGGGUUUUAUCUCCCAGAUCUCUUAAAACAGCAAUUUAUACCCACAUAAUAUGAAGAAGGAUCCUGAUCUUGUUAUUCUUUGGAGCAGGUAGGAGCAUCCCAGGACCUAAAUCCUCCCACUUGGCCUCAGCCUGAGAAGAGGAAGAGUGAUAGUCCCAAGCCAUCCUAUACCAUGACACUCUUCUAGUCAUUGUAAGACUCCACCUAUACACUUUUGCACAUCAGCUUUUGCUUUCUUGUCUUCAACAGGAUUUUAUUUAUUUAGCCUCUUGCUAGUUUCUUUGCUACAGAAAAUCCUUCCCCUUUCCCUCUGAUCUUUCCAAGUUGAAGCCUUCAGCAGGUACUUGUUGAAUGCCUGAGUUGUAUUAGGUGGGUGCUAUGGGCACCAUGCUACCAUGGGGGUACUAGAGACACAAGACGUGCACGGUGCAAUCACAGUGCAGGCGGUGUUGACAGGCAGGCUGACCACUGUGGGGGGAGGCAGUGUACAUGUUCUGCUGGGCUGUCAUGGUCUUGACUUUACUUAGGCUCUUGGCUUCUCAAGACAGAAAAGGGGUGGGAUGAAAAGAUGAGGAAGGUACACCCCAAUGGAGAUGCUUUCCUUUCUCCUACAGCAAAACGUGCCUUUCUUACUCUGACUUCCUUUGAUUUCCCAGGUGACAUUUAGCUCAUCUUGCAAGCUCAUCUCAUGAGUGUAAUUAUAAAUGCUAGUAAAUUAAUAUUACCCAUCAUAUAUAACAUAACUGAAUUUUAACAAUCCAAUGCUGUAACUCCAAAGGACGACUGAAUGGUGAGGACUUCAGUCCUUGUUGUAGGAUAUUUGGGGGAGAGGAAAGCCUUUCAAUGUCAUACCAUGUGGGUGCUUCCUUAGGCAGGUCAUGAGUGAGGUGGAAGUGAGGCUGGGACCCUGCUGAACAGAGGCACAUCCUCAACACUAGAUUUCAGGUGCUUUUUGGCCUAGCUAAUGGUACUUAACUGUUUCAGGAAUCCCUUCUUAGUUUUCGUCUUGGUUUGGGGGAGUUGGAGUAGUCACCCUCUCCACUCUCUGCGUUCAACCUGGCAAAGGUUCCAUCCCUAAGGUGCCAUUAUCUUUCUCGAUCCACAGGGUGAGUCAGAAGGAAAUGUACUCACUCCCAUUCAUUCUCUUUGCUUAAUAUUUCCUGCAAUGGGGUUUCCUUGUGUAACAAACAGCUUCUGUGGGUGUUUGAGGGUCUUUAAAAAGAGAACAUGCUGUUCCUGUGAGUGGAAUGACUUCUGAAGGAAGCACUACAGCAAACAGGGAGCUCUAGUUCCAGGGUUGAGCAGAAGCUUUUCUCACAGGUGGCAGGAGGCUUUAAGGUGGGGCUUGUCUGCAGGAGAUAUAAUGUCCUGACAUUCAAGCCAUCUUCAUUUCCAAUUGAUUGCAGCUGUGGUAUGGAAGAAAACAGUCUUGGGCUCUGGCCUAGGUUCAAGUUCUUCUCAGUCACUGACUGGCCAUUUUCUCAAUCAUAAAAUGGGGUUAAUUAGUAGCAGAAUUGACUCAGAGGCUUGUUGUGUAUAAACUGAGAUAAUAUGUAGAAAGUGGAGCAUGGCUAAAUGCCCAAUAAGUGGUAGCUGUUUAUGAAAGCAUUGUUGCUACUGGGUUCUUUCCUCACUAUGCAUGGCUUCAGGUAACUGAUAUAAGCUCUGUGAGCCUCAGUUUCCUCAUCUGAGAAGUGGGGUCAAUGAGGAUUAAAUGAGAUGCUGUGCAAGCACUUAGCACACUCUCUGGCAUGAUGCAGAUACUUAAUAGAUGUCAGUUUUCUUAACCCUCACAUCAUCUUUGUCUGCUUGUUGGCUCAUGACUGAAAUUCCUUCAUAAUAAUUUCCAUUGCAGAGGUAUCUUGUUGACAAGUACUACCAAAUGGAACUGAUUUUUAAAAACCAUCCUUUAAAAUUUUCUCCUUAAGGUGGAAAGAAGGAAAAAGAAUACGGGUAUUUGGGCACCUGGAGAAAAACCCAGGAAAGGGAACAGGGGAGCAGAGAUUGGCAAAGAUAAGCAUCUUGUCUUCUACCAUCCUCCACAGGGAUCUUGUCAGCUCUACACCCUCCCGUCCAAAGUUCUCAGCCUCAAGAAUCAGGAAACUCUGCCCCACAACUUGUAAGAAUCCAGGAGUCCAAGCUUUAAUGAACCUUGGAGGUGGGGAGGGUACAAAUUUUUGAUAACCAUUGUUUAUAAGGUAGGUGGCUCUCCACAUUUGGAGACUGUCUCCGCUACCUGUGGACCUGUGGACUUCACUCUUACAAACCCAGAGCACACUAGCAUCCCUCUAGGCUAUUUUGGUUAAACCCCAACACUUAACGCUGUAAAAGUUUCCCUCCCCUUUGGUCUUCCUGCAUCAGAGAUCUGGAGUCACAACCGCAUCAAGAACCGUAGUUUGAUGAUUAAUUAGGCACAAAUGUGGCACUAGGGUCUCACAAUGCCCUGUGGGACAUCUGCUACGUUCUUUUCGAUUUUUGCCAUCAAGAUGCAAGUUGCUUCUUAGUGACUAUCAAAUAGUCUUAUUAGUCCUCACUCUGGGCACCACUGCCGGGUGGGGUGGGUGAGGAGAGCUUAGGUACCGUGCAGACCUGGGGAACAGAAGCUGCCACCAGGGGGAGCUCGCCUGCGGAGAGAGUUUGACGGAGGCGGAGCCAGGGAAGAGGGGCGUCUCCGCAGAGAAGCACGGAACCACCUACCCUCCCUCGUCCUUCACCCACGCGCUUCCUUGCAGUAGGUGAGUUUGAGGAGGUUCCUGGGAUCUUUGCUCUAGGGCGAAAGGCCUUCCCCGCCAGCCCUUGAAAGAUGAGAACCCACACCUUCCACCUCCCGACCAUGCCGCGUGGCUUUGCCUCUCCCGGGGCUCGAGGCUGCCCUUGCCGCUGGGAAUCGAUUGGGCAAAUAGUUUCACCUCUAGAUGCUUAGUCAGACUUCUGUAUUUAAUGACGCCAAAGCAUCCAGCUCCUCUCAGACUCACGUGGCUCAGGGUCUGGGGAGCCGACCCUCAAAGCGUGGCCCCCAACCCGGCAGCAUCAUUUUCAGCAUCACCCCGGACCUGGUUAGGAAUGCACAUUCUCAGGCCUCGCCCCAGACCUCCCAAAUCCAAGACCGGGGGAGGGGCGCCGUCUGUGCUUUGCUGCUCCUGCGGGUGACUGGGAGGCGCUCGACGGUGACAGCCCCUACCCUGGGGCUUCCUACGUCGCUCAGGCCGCCGGGAGAGCGGAGGCUGCGACAGACGCCUCUGGAAACUUGCAGGGCAGAGAAGAGGCGGCGGGAGCCGGACCAGAGCGGGACCGUCCAGGGCUGCGACUGGCAUCCGGUGCUGCGUUUGGGAUCUGGGCUGCGCGAGGUGCGCUCACUCUCCGCAGCUGGUGCCGCAGCCGGGUGCGGGGAACAGAACUAGUCCGGGAAAAGCACGUGCCGCGUUUCAGUGAUUGCUAGGCGGGUGUGUACAAGUAGGCCAUACCUGUCUAUGAUUCUUUGAGAACAUUAUAAUGUCCCUUUGUGCCUCUUCUCACAAGGAGUUUUCCUAGAUGUUACCUGUUCAAGACAUGGAUAUCAAAAACUCACCAUCUAGCCUUAACUCUCCUGUCUCCUACAACUGCAGUCAAUCCAUCCUACCCCUGGAGCCAGGCCCUAUAUAUAUACCUUCCUCCUAUGUAGAGAGCCACCAUGAAUAUUCAGCCAUGACAUUCUAUAGCCCUGCCGUGAUGAAUUACAGUAUUCCCAAUAACUCGGAAGGUGGGCCUGGUCGACAGACCACAAGCCCAAAUGUAUUGUGGCCAACUCCUGGGCACCUCUCUCCUUUAGCCAUCCACUGCCAGUCGUCACUUCUGUAUGCAGAACCUCAAAAGAGUCCUUGGUGUGAAACGAGAUCAUUAGAACACACCUUACCUGGGAACAGAGAGACAUUGAAAAGGAAGGCUAGUGGAAGCAGUUGUGCCAGCCCUGUUACUAGUCCAAGUUCAAAGAGGGAUGCCCACUUCUGUGCGGUCUGCAGCGAUUAUGCAUCGGGAUAUCACUAUGGAGUCUGGUCGUGUGAAGGAUGUAAGGCCUUUUUUAAAAGAAGCAUUCAAGGACAUAAUGAUUAUAUUUGUCCAGCUACAAAUCAGUGUACAAUAGACAAGAACCGGCGUAAAAGCUGCCAGGCCUGCCGACUUCGGAAGUGCUAUGAAGUCGGAAUGGUGAAGUGUGGCUCCCGGAGAGAAAGGUGUGGGUACCGCGUAGUUCGAAGGCAGAGAAAUUCUGAUGAGCAGCUGCACUGCCUGAGCAAAGCCAAGAAAAAUGGUGGGCACGUGACCCGCGUGAAGGAGCUGCUGCUGAGUGCCCUGAGCCCAGAGCAGCUGGUGCUCACACUCCUCGAGGCCGAGCCGCCCCACGUGCUCGUGAGCCGCCCCAGCACGCCCUUCACCGAGGCCUCCAUGAUGAUGUCCCUGACCAAGCUGGCUGACAAGGAACUGGUACACAUGAUCGGCUGGGCCAAGAAAAUUCCGGGCUUCGUGGAGCUCAGCCUGUACGACCAAGUGCGGCUCUUGGAGAGCUGCUGGUUGGAGGUGCUCAUGGUGGGGCUGAUGUGGCGCUCCAUCGACCACCCCGGCAAGCUCAUCUUUGCUCCAGACCUCGUUCUGGACAGGCUUCUGCAGCGAGAAAACUUGAACCUACUGAGGAUGAGAGGAAAAUCCGGGUAUCUCAGCUUAUUUCUAACAAGGGAUGAAGGGAAAUGUGUAGAAGGAAUUCUGGAAAUCUUUGACAUGCUCCUGGCAACGACUUCAAGGUUUCGCGAGUUAAAACUCCAACACAAAGAAUAUCUCUGUGUCAAGGCCAUGAUCCUCCUCAACUCCAGUGUGUACCCUUCAGCUGAGGCACCCCAGGAGGCUGACAGCAGCCGGAAACUGGCUCAUCUACUGAACGCUGUGACGGAUGCUCUGGUCUGGGUGAUCGCCAAGAGCGGCAUCCCCUCCCAGCAGCAGUCCAUCCGCCUGGCUAACCUGCUGAUGCUCCUUUCUCACGUCAGGCACGCCAGUAACAAGGGCAUGGAACACCUGCUCAACAUGAAGUGCAAAAAUGUGGUCCCCGUCUACGACCUGCUGCUGGAGAUGCUGAAUGCCCACACACUUCGCGGCAGCAAGUCCUCGGUCACAGGGUCCGAGUGCAGCCUGGUGGAGGAAAGUGAGAGCAAAGAGGGCUCCCAGAACCCCCAGGCUCACUGAUGCCAAGCCCUGAGGUGUGGUCAGGCUGCAGAGGAGGUCAGAGGCCGAAACGUGAACUCCAGCACAAAUCGUGAGCCCCAUCGGGAGGGGGCGGGCUUCAUCGGCUUUCUGCUGUGUGAUCCCUCAUAUGGCCCCUCAGUACCAUCCUUCCCCGACCUCCCUACUUCCCGGGAGUCAGGGUGAGAAAGCCAGUGCUCCUUGUCACCAGGGGGCACGUUUGAGUGCAGCAUUUAUGUCUUGCUUGGCCUCAUGGGAUCUCAUUGUGGUCCCUCUCACUUCCCAUCUCCCUCCCACCCUUCGGAAAACAUCUUCUUACAGCUUUUGGAAUGACUGGUGGAAAUCUGACUUGGAAGCGUUGUCAAGUAGAAAGGGGAGAGAACGUGGCACAUGCACAGGAAGGGGACUAAGCCUUAUUGUGCCACUUAACCUGCCCACAGAAUUAGUCCUUUGUAGCUGCCUCUGGACCACUUGAUUGUAGGAUUGAAAACCACGACGGCAGUCAACUAACUGGUUCCACACACCUAUCUCACAGGCCUGUGAGGACAGGUGUCACGUAUUGCUGUGACUCUAUCCAAGGCCAGAGGGAACGUGACCUAGGGAACCAGUGGUCAAGCUGAGAUGCAAGCCACGUUCAUCCCCCAAGACCUUGCUGCCGCCUUCAUGCAGGUUCACCCCCUCUUGGUUUGCAUUCAGAAAGCCUACAAAUUACGUGUGUGUGUGUGUGUGUGUGUGUGUAUGUGUGAGUGAUCACCUUCAUGGAGGAGUGUGGAGAUUUAAAUACCCCUACCCCUGGAAUUGCCCUUUGUUAAAACUCUCUUGUCCCAAGCGGCCCAGUGUGUGUGCUAGAGAAAGGACCAGUGUUUGCAGGAAUGGGGUUUCUCCUGUGGGUGUGGGUCACAGCCACAGUGCUCCCCUGGGGCAGCCACAACUGCCACCUCAGCCACCCAGGGGAGACAGGGACACUUCAGGCUGUGUGUGUGAGGCAUGCUGUUGCACGGAAGGAUGAACAGCUACACACACGUCAGCGUGUCAUGUUCAGGGCCAAACCGUAUAGAUGGGGUGAGCGUACCACUUGAACAAGAUUGUGAACUCUUUAAAAAAGAGAAAUAUUUAGGGUAAGUAUUUAUAGCAAGAAAAUUCUUUUAUACCCUAGGGCUCUUCUAGAAUAUUUUCUUAUCAGAACAUUUAUAUGGUGGGCUGGGUGAAAUAAAAAGU